UCAACAAGAUGUCGGGUGACAACAGGCAUGAACAUUUACCCCCGGCUGUAUCGAGACGUAUGGACCCGGCAAUGUUUCUGGGUCGGUUUGACGGGCAGUCGAAGCUGCUGGUGCGGGCCUUGCUGUGUGGAAGCUCCGGGGCUCACAGAGCGCUGGAGGUCUUCCACCGGCAGCAGAGAGCCAACCCCGACAUGUCGCUGUCUAACUUUAUAGAAACCCUGUGCCAAGACGAAGUGUGCGGUCCAGAUAGGACAGGACAGCCACUGACAGUUGGACCCCUGGUGUGGCUGUUUACAACAUUAUUAAAAAAAAACCUGCUGUCCUUCAUCCAUCUGGUCUACUUCAGUCUUCCCUGCCCCCCUGUCCUCCAUCUUCUCAAAUGCCUCAGCCAGGACCCUCAUAGAAGUCCCUGGAUGACCGCUAUGAUAAGACAGCUGGAAAGAAACCUGGAGGUCCACAAUGAGGAGCCCCUUUACACUCCACACUGCGGCCAGAGACUCAAGGAGCUGUCACAGCGUUUGGUUGGUUCUGAUGAAACUGGAGGAUGGGCCAAGUGCUUCAGCCGUCAAACAUCUGAAUGUGAGAGGGCCUCUGGGUCAUCAGAGCUGAGGACACAACGGAAAAGAAAGGGCAGCUUCCUCGCUCUUGACUCUGAUGGUGAGGACACAGGACAGGAAAGUAAACGGAUAAAGGUGGAAGUCUGUGGUAGUGAAAGUCUAGAUGAUGAAGAAAAGAGCGCAACAACAGAGCUAUCAGGACGAUUAGGAAAUGAUGCGCCAGCAGAAACUCCUGCUGAAGAAAGGACGCCAGCAGCAGCAGAAAGUCCAAGUGAUGUCCUGCCUGAACAUAUAAAGGUCUCUGUUCUUCAAAUAAAAGAAUUACUGGAAAGUCAGACAGAGUGGGACCAGAGCUCCAUGGAGAUGUUUGAAGUGCUCAAUGACUGUGACCCAGGCCAAGUGGAGCUGUUGUGCAGCAUGCUGCGUUUUCCAGACUUACCGGAGCAGACCCUGCCUAAACUCUGCAGCAGUAUUUUGGCUCCCUCUUUUGACUUCAGCUACAGCACGGCAGCAACCCUCAUCAAGAGCCUCCUGCUGCAGAAGAUCCUGUCCCUGUCAGAACCGGCCUCCCGAUGUCUCGUCACCGCGGGGACGUCACUGUGCAGCCGCUACCCCAGACCCAUGUGCCACGCUCUGAUUGGACCAGUUCUAGAGGAAAAGACCAUCGGUGGGGAAAGGGUUGAGCGACAACUAAGUGCCGGUAUCAGUUAUAAAAGAGAACCACAACAUUAUGACUUUUACUUGAAUUACUCCUCCUUUGCUUUGUCUUCAGGGAAUCCCCAGGCUGAGCUGCUGAACAGACUGGUAGAAAGCUGCCUGGACUCCCAUUACAGGCUGCUGGUGCUCCAAAUGACAUUUAAAAUGACGUGGAGCGAGGCAGUGCUCUCCAUUAUCCACAGCUUGCUAGACUCCAAGCUUGACUUGAGUGAAGAACUGUUCACACAGUUUACUGGACAGCUUGUCAGCCAGGGUCCUAAAUUCACUAAGUCUGUGAAGUUUGCGAAAAUGAUGCUAACAGUCCUCACCAAAUAUAACAGUCAUGUGACAGCUGAGCACAAACAGUCCCUGCACAGCUGCCUGAUGGUAAAUGAGACCUUCCUGAAAAAGUCUCUCCAAGCUGCUUUGAAAAGAAUCACCAACUCAUGAGGUUUCAUCUGACCUAAUGCCUGUUAAUAAAAAUAUAUGAAUAAGA